AGCUGUCAAAAACGAGCCGCUCGCUAUCUCUUUCGCACGCUCGCUUUGCUACUAAAACCACUUUACUCCUUUGCUCGAAUAGUAUUUGAUCGCGAGACAUCGUUCAUUUUCUGUGCGCAUUAACUUCAGUUAAAAUAAGGCAAAAAGUGUGUGUAAACUGUGGAAACGAAUUUAGCAGUGAUGGCACCUAUUGGAGGCUGGCUGUGUUGUAGCCGUAGCACCAAGUCGGUGGCUCCUUUAGACAAUACCGAGGAAGAUGGAAACUUUGACUAUGACCUGGCGGUUAUCGGCGGCGGUUCAGGAGGCCUGGCCUGCGCCAAGGAGGCUGUAAACCUAGGCGCUAAGGUAGCGGUGUUAGACUAUGUGACGCCGUCUCCUCAGGGCACCAAGUGGGGCCUCGGCGGUACCUGCGUCAAUGUAGGCUGUAUACCCAAGAAGCUCAUGCAUCAGGCUGCUUUGCUGGGAGAAAGUAUUCAUGAAGCUGUGUCGUACGGUUGGCAAGUUCCCUCCGUGAAGGACAUCAAGAUCGACUGGUCCGCUCUCACAGAGAAUGUACAGAACCACAUCAAAUCCGUCAACUGGGUCACCAGGGUCGAUCUGCGCGACAAGAAGAUUGAAUACAUCAAUGGUUUGGGCGAGUUCAAGGAUGCUCAUACGAUUAUAGCUACGAUGAAGAAUGGCUCGAAGAAGGAGCUGACGGCGAAGAACAUAGUGAUAGCUGUGGGCGGCAGGCCCCACUACCCGGACAUCCCGGGAGCCGUGGAGUACUGCAUCAGCAGUGACGACAUCUUCAGUCUCAGCCACCCCCCGGGGAAGACGCUCAUUGUGGGUGCUGGAUACAUCGGUCUAGAAUGUGCUGGUUUCCUCAACUCCCUGGGUUACCCGGCCACGGUACUGAUCCGGUCGGUGCCGCUGCGAGGCUUCGACCAGCAGAUGGCGCGCAUGGUCACCAACGAGAUGCAGGAGAGAGGCGUCAAGUUCGAGCACAAGUGUGUCCCGCUCGGCGUACAGAAGUUGGAGUCAGGACAGCUCAAGGCACGCUGGCUUAAUACUGAAACGCAGGAACAACACGAGGAUGUAUUCGACACAGUGCUGAUCGCGACCGGCCGGUACGCGCUCACCAAGCAACUCAACUUGGACGCCGCCGGAGUUAAUUGCCUCUCAGAGAACGGCAAGAUAAAGGCAGCGACGGAGCAGACGAACGUGCCGCACAUCUACGCGGUGGGCGACGUGCUGGAGGGCCGGCCCGAGCUGACGCCGGUCGCCAUCCACGCGGGCCGCCUGCUCGCGCGGAGAGUGUUCGCCGGCGCGCAGCAGCACAUGGACUAUGAGAACGUCGCCACCACCAUCUUCACGCCGCUCGAGUACGGCUGCGUCGGGCUCAGCGAGGAGACUGCUACUGAAAGAUAUGGCGCGGAUAACCUAGAGGUGUACCACGCGUACUACAAGCCGACGGAGUUCUUCAUCCCGCAGCGCAACAUCAAGAACUGCUACCUGAAGGCGGUGGCGCUGCGCGAGGCGCCGCAGAAGAUCCUCGGCCUGCACUUCGUGGGGCCCGUCGCUGGCGAGGUCAUACAGGGCUUCGCUGCGGCUAUCAAAUGCGGCAUCACAAUGGAGCAGCUGAUGAACACGGUGGGCAUCCACCCCACCGUCGCCGAGGAGUUCACGCGCCUCAACAUCACCAAGCGCAGCGGCCGCGACCCCAACCCCGCCUCCUGCUGCAGCUAGACAACACCCGCCCCAACCCCGCCCCCGGCACCGCCCACACAACUGCACCGCCUAGCGAACACCACACACACAUCACGACAAAUUACCGUUCCUGUCUGAAGUCAACCAUUUCAUGCCAAGAACAAAACAAGUAGUUCGAACAAUUGACGCAGUCAUUAGUAACUAACUUCGGAGGUUCAAAGUCAUUUGACGUGAGAUGUACACGCUUACAUCACCUGCCACAGAAUAUUGAGAAAAUGAAGUGCGAUAUUACAUAUUGACAUUGCCAUUUAACAUGUUGGAACACUUCAGUUAGCUCAAUAUUCUGUGUCACAAUAAUCGACUAAUUUUAAAUCGAUUUUUUCAAAUCGAUACCAGUGAUAUUCACUCAACAUGCCGCCGCAAGUGAACGUGCUUUUUUUAUUUAAAUCGAUUUAUUAUUACUAGUGCAAUCAGAAUUCGGUUCGCUGUUGCAACUGUUAUAGUUAAUUCCACUGAUGUCGUUUAUAUUGCCUCGGUUUAAGAGUGUGCCCCUCAAGAUAUUACCGAUUGUUUCGAUUAAUUAUAUAUAUAAUGAAGUUUUUUAGCAUUUACGAAUUUAUUUGUAGUUGAAACGAGGGAUAAGGAAUGUUUGGGUUGAGGAAUUUAACAGUAAUGUUCGUCGCUUCGUAUCUAGAAUGCCUAUUGCCAAUUUUUGAGUAGUUUUACUAUUGCAUCUAUUGUGAAGCUUAUGUAAACCUCUCCUUUCAACUGCUGAAUUAACAACCUACCCUGCUAUAUUUGAAGGCGUAUUGAUAUGUGAUCAUUUAACUUACUAUGUGAUAGGACAUACAAUGUCAGAGUGCCCCUCGGUGCUUCUUUAGUACACUUCCAGACGAUUUCAUUUCAAUUUUAUAGUACAAAUCCUUCAAAAAUUAUAUCUUGUUGUCUCAAAAUAUAGGAACAAAUGUAUUAAAAUAUUGUUACUAUAAUAAAAUAAAUGGUACAGUAUUAUUGUUAAUAUCAGUUACGCUCAGAGCUGAAAUCGAUAUUGAACAACAUUCCGAAAGUCGAACAGAAACAUAAAUCAGGUUUCAAACUAUCGUGUAAUAAUUUAAUUUAUGUGAUUUUGAACUUAAAAUAAAGUGAUAUAUUUUUAAUGAAAAACUAAAA